CUGCCCCGGAAGUAACGUCACCAACCGGUGAAAACAGCUGAACAGCUUCGCGAGAAGGUUGCAACCAUAAAAGUACACUAUUAGCUUGUACUCAGACAAAAAAAAGGCUAAACCGUUGGAAAGAAUCGUAUUGUAUGCUGUGCGGACUGGCAGACUUCAAGGCUAUAACGUUAUUACAAGCGCUGGACAGACUUGCCCAGCCCAGCUAGCAACCCCCCGUGGAGACUCCGUGAUGCCUGUGAAGAAGAAGAGAAAGUCCUCUGGUUCGGACGAUCCUGGACUUAGGAAGUGUAAAAUCACUAGUUAUUGCAGGUCUCAGACACCUGGUCGACUGAUCAGUCCAGAGGACCAGUUCUCCAAUAAGAAGUGCCUAGCUUGGUUCUACGAGUAUGCAGGUCCAGAUGAGGUGGUUGGUCCAGAGGGGAUGGAGAAAUUCUGUGAGGACAUUGGAGUGGAACCAGAGAAUAUUAUCAUGUUAGUCUUAGCCUGGAAACUAGAAGCGCCAAAUAUGGGAUUUUUCACAAAGGAGGAGUGGCUUAAGGGAAUGACACUAUUACAGUGUGACUGCACAGAGAGGUUACAGAGCAAACUGGACUACCUGCGCUCUCAACUCAACGACUUGGCAAUCUUUAAAAACAUUUACAGAUACGCCUUCGAUUUCGCACGGGACAAGGAUCAGAGGAGUCUGGACUUGGACACGGCGAAGUCCAUGUUGGCCUUGCUGCUAGGGAGAACAUGGCCUCUCUUCCCGGUGUUCCACCAGUUCUUGGAGCAAUCCAAGUACAAGGUGAUGAAUAAAGACCAGUGGUAUAACGUGUUAGAAUUUAGCAGGACGGUGAACGCAGACCUCAGCAACUACGACGAAGACGGCGCUUGGCCAGUGCUGCUGGACGAGUUUGUGGAAUGGCAGAAGGCUCGGUCAUCGUUAUAGCAGAACAGCCAAACGGAGGGGAUGGCAAGAGAGAAGAGCGAGGGAGGAAGAGAAAGAAGGCACAGCAGAGAAUGUUCUCUUUCUGUUUGAAAGCUGUUACCGUUCACACACUCCCCCUCCAUGGACUGCACGCAUACCCCCCACCCACCCCUAUGGAUCACACACCCACACUUACCCAUCAACCUCGGAGCACUUCUGGCUGUCCUGUCAUCUGCUGGGGGUCUCUCUCUCGUUGAAGAGACUUUUACAGUGUUCAUUUUUAAACCAGUUCAUAAAGAAGAAAACAAAAAUGGGGGGUAAAAAAAAACUGAAGGGGGAAACCAUUUUUCAUAUGUUUCAUCUGUGGCCACGGUUCAUAUAGCCAGUGUUGUAAGAUCGACUGGAAGUUUUCUGUUUCCGUGAAUAUUUUUUUUCCCUUUCAUUUUUGAGUCUUACCUUGUUUAUAGUAUGUUCUCAGAACAAUAAAGAAAAAUAAUUGUACCAAA